GCUCCGUCUCUAAUUUCUCCUUGUCCCAAACAAAGAAGUAAAUAGUAAACGCGGAGAUGACACGGGUAGUAAGAAAUGGUAGCUACAUUUCUUGGAAUCGACGAAGAACCAUCAGUGAUCUCCAAUUCUCUCUCCAUAAGUCACUUCAAAAUCUUCCCUUUCAAAUCCAGUUUUUUCAACUGCAAGAAUCUCCUCAAGAAAAAAUUCAAGAAAUCCUAUCUCCUCAAGAAAGAAUUCAAGAAAUCCAAUUCAAUGGAAUCCUAUCUUCAGCAAGUGGUUCUAAUCACAGGUUGCAGCCAGGGAGGAAUAGGCCACGCGAUGGCUAAGGAGUUUGCAGCCAACAAUUGCCUAGUUGUUGCCACAAGCAGGUCCUUGGACUCCAUGAGAGACCUUGAACAAGACCAUAGAUUCUUUCUGCAAGAACUGGACGUUUUGUCAGAUGAGAGUGUCCAGCAUGUAAUAUCAACUGUUCUUGAGAAGUAUGGGAGAAUUGAUAUUUUGGUUAACAAUGCUGGGAUUCAAUGCGUGGCCCCUCUUGCUGAAGUCCCUUUAUCUGCUAUGCAAAAUGCAUUCGACACUAAUCUUUAUGGUCCCAUGAGGCUUAUUCAAGCAGCUGUUCCUCACAUGGAAAGCAGGAAACAGGGAAAAAUUGUAAAUGUUGGAAGUGUUGCUGUCAUGGCUCCUAGCCCUUGGGCUGGUGUGUACACUGCAACCAAAGCUGCUCUUCAUUCACUCUCAGACACCUUGAGGUUGGAGCUCAAGCCUUUCGAGAUUGAUGUUAUCAAUGUUGUUCCUGGCGCUAUUAAAUCAAAUGUUGAAAAUUCAAAUAUAGCCAGCUACAACCAGAUGCCACAGUGGAAGUUAUACAAGCCAUUUGCAGCUGCAAUCAAGAGGAGAGCAUAUUUUCCACAAGGAACCAAGUGCACCCCUACGGAAAAGUUUGCAAAGAAUACUGUAUCUGCCAUACUGAAGAAAAAUCCACCUGCAUGGUUCUCGACAGGUCACUACUCCACCAUUAUGUCGAUCAUGUACUAUCUCCCACUUUGCGUUAAAGAUUUUAUCAUGGGGAAUUAUUUAAGUGUUGAGCCCUAGAGGCUCUGCAGGUCAUCUUUUGCAUGUGUAUAGCAGACUGCUCUAUGUUUUUCUUUCUUUUUUUAACAUAAUCCUUCCACAUAGGUAGCCUAAAGUCGCUCAUAUUCAGACAACUUUCCUGCAAGAUUUUUCACCUUAAUAAGCACUUGAUCUGGUGAUUAUUCAUUUAUUCACUGUGUCUGAUGUUGGCAGAUCACUAUCUGAUCUAGUGCAGGAUCAUAAAUAGCUGAAGUCUGGAAUCGGAAUCGAGCAGAAUGAGAAAUGAAAUUAUGAUUUUUUAUUUA